AUGAGCGCCACCGGACGAGUUGUUGUGAGCAAGCUCCAGUGCGAGGCGCAAUGGGUUCGGUACUCAGCGACUGAAAUCGCGCCGGCGAAGUCGGCCCGCUCCCGCGGGUCAUACCUCCGGGUCUCCUUCAAGAACACCCGCGAGACGGCCCAGGCGAUCAACGGCUGGAAGCUCCAGCGCGCCCAGACCUUUCUCCAGAACGUCAUCGACAAGAAGGAGGCCGUUCCCAUGAGACGCUAUGCUGGCUCCAUCGGCCGGACGGCUCAAGGCAAGCAGUGGGGUGUCUCCCGUGCUCGGUGGCCCGUCAAGUCGGCCGAGUUCCUGCUCGGCCUCCUCAAGAACGCUGAGUCGAACGCCGAUGCCAAGGGCCUCGACACCGGCAACCUGAUCGUCAAGCACAUUCAAGUCAACCAGGCCCCCAAGCAGCGCCGCCGGACAUACCGUGCCCACGGCCGCAUCAACCCCUACAUGUCCAACCCUUGCCACAUCGAGCUCAUCCUCACCGAGGCUGAUGAGGCUGUUCAGAAGUCGGAGGCGGUUGUCCGCGACGAGUCCCAUCUUAGCUCAAGGCAGCGUGGUGUGCGUGUCCGCCGGGCCAUCACUGCGGCGUAA